AUGGGCAUGACUCAGGCUGGCGCUGGCGCUGGGCCUGGCGCUGGGACGGCUGCUGGCGCAGGUGGCGCGUGGCAGACUAUGAAUCUGAUUCGGGCACUGAGCAGCGGAGGACAUUGUUGGAAUGCCACUGAUUUUACCUUUGGCAUUGAUCGUGGCGGAACGUUUACCGAUGUGUAUGCCGAGUGGAAGAGAACGGCUGAGAACAAGGACUACGCUCACACCUCGUCGACGGUCAUCAAGCUCCUCUCCGAGGAUCCUGCAAACUAUCCCGACGCUCCGCGGGAGGGAAUUCGUCGCGUUCUGGCGGCUGUUCGUGGAGAGGUGCUCGACCCAGAGCUUCCAGUCCCAUCUGACCACAUUGCUGAGAUCCGCAUGGGCACCACUGUGGCCACAAACGCGCUCCUUGAGCGCAAGGGCGAGCGCAUGGCUCUGGCAGUCACCAAGGGCUUCCCGGACCUGCUGCUCAUCGGCAACCAGGCGAGGCCCAACAUCUUUGAUCUUGCUGUCAGGAGGCCCGAGCUGCUCUACGAGCAGGUUGUCGAGGUUCCAGAGCGAGUCCGUGUUGUGACGGCCCAGGAGGUUGCCCGGGCCGAGUCACCAGCGGCCACGGUUCACCCGCCGCCAGUGGUCCAGGAAAUUUCCGGCGUCACCGGCGAGACUGUCCAGGUACUCGAGGAGCUCGACGAGGCCGCGCUCACCGCCUCGCUGCAAGCUGUCUACGACUCGGGCAUCCGCUCACUCGCAGUCGUCUGCAUGCACUCGUACGCCUUUCCGGAUCACGAGGCGCGGGUCGGCGAGCUGGCCAAGGCCAUCGGCUUUGAGCACAUCUCGCUCUCGUCGCAGCUCAUGCCGCGGACCCGCAUCGUGCCGCGCGGCUACACGGCUGCUGUCGACGCAUACCUCUCGCCCGUCGUUGAUCGCUACAUUCAGUCGUUCUGUGCCGGCUUUGACUCGUCGCUCCUGACCAAGGUCAAUGUCCAGUUCAUGCAGUCGGACGGCGGCCUCGCGCCGGUCGAUGCCUUUUCGGGCGUCCGGGCCAUCCUCUCCGGCCCGGCCGGUGGAGUCGUCGGCUACGCCAAGACGUCGUACGGCAACCCGGCGCUCGGCGAGGCGCCCGCGCCGGUCAUUGGCUACGACAUGGGCGGCACGUCGACCGACGUUUCUCGCUUUGACAACGCCUUUGAGUUUGUUUACGAGUCGGAGACCGCCGGCGUGACCACUCAGGCACCGCAGCUGGACAUCACCACCGUCGCCGCUGGCGGAGGCUCCAAGCUCCACUUUUCCAACUACAUGUACCAGGUCGGGCCCGAGUCUGUUGGUGCCCAUCCGGGCCCGGUCUGCUACCGCAAGGGCGGCGAUCUCGCAGUCACUGACGCCAACCUCUUCCUCGGCCGACUCGAUCCAGCCUUCUUUCCUGCCAUCUUUGGUGAGUCGGAAGCCGAGCCGCUCGAUUUGGCGGCGACAACCGUCGCCUUUGAGACCCUCGCCAACCAGAUCAACGCUGACCUCGCCCGCGAGGCAGAGGCACUGGGCGAGACGCCCGAGGUGCAGAGCCUCGACGAGGUUGCUGCGGGCUUCCUUGCGGUUGCCAACGAAGCCAUGUGCCGGCCGAUCCGCUCCAUCACAGAGGCCAAGGGCUACGCCACCGCCGACCACAUUCUGUCUGUCUUUGGCGGCGCUGGCGGGCAGCACGCGUGCGCCAUUGCCGACUCGCUCGACAUGGCCUCCAUCUUUAUCCACCGCCACUCGGGCGUGCUCUCGGCCUACGGCAUGGCCCUUGCGCCCAUGGUGGCCGAGGCACAGGAGCCUGCCGCCGUCCGGCUCGCCGACCUCGCUGCCGCCGACCUUGCUGCCAAGUUUGACGCCGUCGCCGUCGAUCCGCUUGCCCAGCUUGCCCAGCGCGGCUUUGAGCCCGAAGCGCUCACCCGCGAGACGUACCUCAACCUCAGGUUCGAUGGCGCCGACACUGCGCUGAUGAUCCGCGCUGACUCGAUGGAGCCGGCCGCCUUUGAGUCUGCCUUCCUCGCGCAGUACAAGCAAGAGUACGGCUUUGUCCUCGAAGGCCGCGACAUCCUGGUCGAUGACAUCCGGGUCCGCGCCGUCGGCCUCUCGGACGCGGCCAAAGCCGUCCAGGCCGCGUCACAGGCCAAGCCGAUGUCGGCCCCGGGUACGGCCCCGGGCUCACCCGAGGCCACCGUCCAUACCUACUUUGCGUCGGCAGGUGGCCGGGUCACGACGCCGGUGUACAAGCUGGAAAAGCUCGCCGACUCGCGAGCCAAGCUUGCCGGCCCGGCGCUCAUCAUCGACAACAACGCCACCAUUGUGGUUGAGCCAUCUUGGGAGGCAACCGCGCUCGACGGUGGCGACCUCGUCCUGCACAAGGUCCAGAUGAGCAAGGCGGCAGCGGCCAGCGCCGCCGACGCCGCCGCAUCGGCUGACGUCUCGCCCAUCGAGCUCUCCAUCUACGCCAACCGGUUCAUGUCGAUUGCGGAGCAGAUGGGAGUGACGCUGCAGCGGACCUCGAUCUCGACCAACAUCAAGGACCGGCUUGACUUUUCAUGCGCCCUGUUUGGCCCCGACGGCGGGCUGGUGGCCAACGCGCCGCACGUGCCUGUCCACCUCGGCUCGAUGCAAGAGGCGGUCAAGUACCAGAUCUCGGCCCUCGGCGACACCUGGCGCGAGGGCGACGUGGUGUGCUCGAACCACCCGGCAGCCGGCGGUUCGCACCUGCCGGACAUCACGGUCAUGACUCCGGUGUUUGUAGGUGGAAACGAGAAGCCAGCGUUCUACGUUGCGUCGCGCGGGCACCACGCCGACAUCGGCGGCAUCACGCCGGGCUCGAUGCCACCGUUUUCCAAGUCUCUCGCCGAGGAGGGUGCCGCUAUCAAGUCGUUCAAGCUCGUCGACGGCGGCAAGUUCCAGGAGGACGGCAUCACAGCGGUGCUGAGCAACGUCUCGGCCGAGGCAGCGGCGGCAGGCAUCUCAGGCACGCGUGCGCUCGCCGACAACCUCACCGAUCUCAAGGCGCAGAUUGCGGCGAAUCACAAGGGGAUCACGCUCAUGCAGGAGCUCAUCGGCAAGGCCUCGCUCGACAAGGUGACGGCAGCCAUGGAUGGGAUUCGGGCCAAGGCCGCCAUGGCAGUGUCGGACAUGCUCCGUGGCCUGGCGCUUAAGCACGGAGCCGAUCCCAGCCCCGGCGCUUCGCCGCUCGUCCUCACCGCCACCGACUACAUGGACGACGGGGCGAAGAUUGCGCUUGCGCUCUCGAUUGACGCCGCCACCGGACGGGCGGUCUUUGACUUUACCGGCACCUCGCCGCAGGCGCUGGGCAACACCAACGCGCCGCGGGCCAUCACCCUCUCGGCAGUCAUCUACGUCCUCCGCUCGUUGGUCUCGGAGGACAUUCCGCUCAACCAAGGCUGCCUCGAGCCCGUGGAGGUCAUCACUCCGUACGGCUCGCUGCUGGAGCCGCUGCCUGAUGCUGCCGUGGUCGCCGGUAACGUCCUCGUUUCGCAACGCGUCACCGACGUGCUGCUGCAGGCCUUUGGCGCCGCCGCAUGCUCGCAGGGCGACAUGAACAACUUUACCUUUGGCGACGACGCCGCAACCUCGGGUGUCGAGCCCGAGUUCUCCUACGGCUACUACGAGACCAUCUGCGGCGGCGCCGGCGCCGGGCCGAGCUGGGAUGGCGCAUCGGGCGUCCACACCCACAUGACCAACACCCGAAUCACUGACCCGGAGAUCCUGGAGCGCCGCUACCCGGUCCUGCUCAAGCAGUUCUCGCUCCGCCCGAACUCGGGCGGCGAUGGCGCGCGCCGUGGCGGCGACGGCGUCGUCCGCGUCGUCAAGUUCCUCAAGAAAACCUCAGUCUCGAUGCUUUCUGAGCGCCGGGCAAUGCCGCCACGCGGCGUGGCUGGCGGCAGCGACGGCGCCCGCGGCACCAACACCCUCAAGCGCGGCCGCGAUGACGGCUUGGUCAACCUCGGCGGCAAGGCCUCGUUCACCUGUGAGGUCGGUGACGAGAUCCACAUCCACACGCCGGGCGGCGGCGGCUUUGGUCCGGCAAACGAGUAA